AUGGCACAUGGAGAUGGGCUAUGGAGGAUUCUGGCUCGUUUUCAGUUCGUGGGCUUAGGAUGUUGUUACGGCCCAACUCGAAUGAAGACCCCGAGCCUGCUGAAUAAAUGGUGCCCGAUUAAGGUUAAUUUUUUGACAUGGAGACUGUUUCUUAACCGACUACCGACUAAGGAGGCGUUACUGAGAAGGAACUUCCAUAUUACGAGUUCGGAGUGUGUUUUUCUCGAAGAAACUGUGGAAUCUGGUGACCAUUUGUUUGCGGCUUGUAGUUUUACACAAGAAAUCUGGGAAGAGUUAUUAAGGUGGUGUAGAAUUGCUACUCCCUUUUUCUUUUGUGUGAGGGGUGUGCUUGAUCUUCACACUCAUUGCCGUGGUUCUAGGAGAUGGCAAAAGAUCGUGGAUUCGGUCGUCCAAAUGGUGAUAUGGUGCAUAUGGCGUAUGCGUAACGAUGCAGUCUUCAAUAACAAAAGGGCGGCUGUGAAGAAUGUCGUGGAAAAGAUUAAAGUACUAAGUUUUCUUUGGCUGAAACAUCGGGCAAAGGCGUUAACACUUACCUGGGAGGAUUGGUGUAGAUUUGAUUUAAUUUGUAUGAAGGUGUAA